UGUUGCGUAAGAAUAAAAAGUGAGGGCUUUUAAGUUUGAUUUUGAAAAGGUUGUGCUGCUUCUCUCUCUGUCUCCUCGUUCGCUUCUUUCUCUCUCUAGGGUUUUGGGGGUUCUGAGUAAACGUUGUAAAACAUGCAGCUGACACUUGAAUUCGGAGGGGGAUUGGAACUUCUUUGUGACUCCAAGAAGAUUCAUAAUGUCAAUAUUGAGCAACACAAUGGAGAAGACAAGUUAAUCAUGAAAGAUUUGCUUUCUUGGGUACAGACCAACUUGAUUAAGGAGAGGCCUGAAAUGUUUAUGAAAGGAGAUACUGUGAGACCUGGAGUUCUUGUCCUUGUGAAUGAUUGUGAUUGGGAGCUAAGUGGUCAGCUGAACACAUCACUGGAAGACAAAGAUGUGGUGGUUUUUAUAUCAACCCUGCAUGGUGGUUAAGGCAUAGAUUACCAAAUGUUUAUAUGAAACAGUGAACUAAGAUAACUAAACAAGUUGACUAUCAAAUUUAAUGGCCUAAUAUGUAAGGUGCUGUUCACAGUCUUUACUUCUACCGAUAUCAAAUUUGGUUAUUACACUUUUACAGAUUUUGGCAAAGUUGUGAUACUUGUCUAAUAAAGUAACACUUAUUUGAUCCAAGGGAACUGGGAUGAUGUAUCUUUGGUUAUGACAUUGUAUACUACUGUAAGGUCUGAUCCAUGAGUUGCUUCACGCAAAUUAUUAGCUCCAAGAAAAUCAGGAUGAUGAAUAUCUUUACGGUAUAA